UUGUCUUCAUUAUAUCGCGAGAAAGCAAGAACAGAAAGGCUCGUAGCCUGUCCAGAGUCACACGGCUAGAAAACCCCGGGAGAUCCUUCUAGCACCUAUGCGUUUCUAACGAGCGUUCCCGAAAUGUAUCAACUUUGUGCUUGCUGUGUGCCUUCCCUGCUAGAACACAGCUCCGCAGGGUCGGGGAACUCUGAUUACUUUGUUCACUGAUGUACCUGCAACACGUUGGACAGGUCCACAGUAGGCACUCAACUUUUUCACUGAAUGAAUCAAAGCGACAGAGCGGGCAAUCAGUUCGAGUCCACAGCUAGGACCUUAUGGGAUGACGCAGUGCUUAGCUCCUUGUCUGGUGACAAUUAGGCUGCUACUAAGCGUUUACUCUUAACACUGAAACGAGGCCUUGUGGCUGCUUCCAUAAAGUAUUCCAUCUGGGUUUUCCUCACUUUCACUGCCUCAGAGAGGUUGCUCACUGCAUCUCCUGUGCGGUCGUUGUUUCCAGGGUCAGGGCGCAUCAGUGAGACCACUGCUCACCUCCUGUGGGCUCCGGCUCAGCCGCCCCUGGGCUUCCUAGUCUACAGAAGAGCCAGUCGAGGCCUCAGAAGAUCUCUGCCCUUUGUCUCGAGCAGAACAGGAUGGCCAUGUUCCAGGAGUCCUUGACCUUCCGGGACGUGUUUGUGGACUUCACCCUGGAGGAGUGGCGAUGUCUGGACUCGGCUCAGAAGAACCUGUACAGGGAUGUCAUGCUGGAGAACUACAGCCACCUGGUUUCCGUGGGACGGCUAGUUCCCAAACCUGAUGUGGUCAUCAGAUUGGGACAAGGAGAAGAGGCCAGGACGGCAGAGGGAGAGACCCCGACGCGGAACCCUCCGGAAUUCUGGCAAGUGCAUGACCAGAUGGACAACCACAAGGAAAGCCAAGACCAACGUCUGUGGCCGACUGCGUUCGUAGACCAGGAAACACAGAAGGACCAAAGUGGCCAGGAAUUGACAACAUUCAGGACAAUCAUUUAUCCGGGCACAGACUUUGUUUCUAUAAGACAAAGACUCCCUAGAUAUUAUUCAUGGGGAAGGUGUUCAAAACAUAGCUUAAACUUUCUCUGUCAAAGCAGAAGUUCUGUAAGAAAGAAAAGUGAUGAGCGUAAGGCACAUUGGAAGUCGUGCUUCCACCCUAAUCUUUAUCCAGCACAGCCUGGAGAGAAAUUCUUUGAGCCUAAUCAACGUGGAAAAACCCUCCACCAUAAGCAAGCCUUCGAUAAACCUCCAAGAAGUCACACCAGGGAGAAACUCUUUGAGUGUUCUGAAUGCGGGAAAGUGUUUAUCCAGAAAGCCAACCUUGUCGUGCACCAGAGAACUCACACGGGAGAGAAGCCCUAUGAGUGCAGCGAAUGUACAAGAGCCUUCAGCCAGAAGUCAACCCUCAUUGCACACCAGAGAACUCACACAGGGGAGAAGCCCUAUGAGUGCAGCGAAUGUGGGAAAACCUUUAUCCAGAAGUCAACGCUGAUGAAACAUACGCGAACUCAUACAGCAGAGAAACCAUUUGUAUGUGGUGAAUGUGCAAAAGCCUUUAAGAGUUCCUAUCACCUUACUAGACAUGAAAAAACACACAUUAGACAAGCAUUUUAUGAAGGAGUCCACUGUGGUAAAUCCGGCCUUACGUACCCGAGGACUCAUACGGGUGAGAAACCUAACUGUAAUAAACAUGGGAAACCCUCUGAUGAGAAACCCAACCCCAUUAAACACCAGAGAUCUCCUAUGAAAGAGAAAGCUUACGAGUGCAGUAAAUGUGGAAAAAGCUUCAGGGGGAAGUCCCACCUCUCUGUCCAUCAGAGAACUCACACAGGAGAGAAGCCUUACGAAUGCGGCAUAUGUGGGAAGACUUUCAGUGGAAAAUCACACCUCUCUGUCCACCAAAGAACUCAUACAGGAGAGAAGCCUUAUGAGUGCAGAAGAUGCGGGAAAGCCUUUGGUGAAAAGUCAACCCUUGUUGUACAUCACAGAACUCAUACAGGAGAGAAACCCUACAAAUGCGGCGAAUGUGGGAAAGCCUUCAGCGAAAAGUCACCGCUGAUAAAACAUGAGAGAAUUCAUACAGGAGAGAGACCCUACGAAUGCAGCAACUGUGGGAAAGCAUUCAGUAGGAAGUCAACUCUCAUUAAACAUCAGAGAAUUCACACAGGAGAAAAACCCUACGAAUGUAGUGAAUGUGGGAAAGCUUUCAGUGUGAAAUCAACUCUCAUUGUACAUCACAGAACUCACACGGGAGAAAAACCCUAUGAAUGCAGAGACUGUGGAAAAGCCUUCAGUGGGAAGUCAACUCUGAUUAAACAUCAGAGAAGUCACACAGGAGAUAAAACCUAUUAAUAUACUUGAGCGUGGGAGAAUUUCCCUAUUAUACCUCAUUAUAGAUCAGUUCAUCCUGAGGAGUAAUCUUAGCAAUGCCAAGAGUGUCAGAAACUCUUCAGAUAUUAAUGUUCCUUUAAUGUAAUAAAAGGUUCAAAAAUAUAAUUCCAGAAGCAUGUAAUAAAUGUGACCAGUUUUUCACCCA